GGCCGGAAGCAGGUGGGAGCGGGAGCAGGCACUUCCGGGUAGCAGGACGGCUGCUGCGGCCGCGGGUGCAGGUGUUGCUGCCCGAGCUCUCCGUCCGAGGAUGUUUUACCACAUCUCCCUGGAGCACGAAAUCCUGCUGCAUCCGCGCUACUUCGGUCCCAACCUGCUCAACACGGUGAAGCAGAAGCUGUUCACGGAGGUGGAGGGGACCUGCACGGGGAAGUAUGGCUUUGUCAUUGCCGUCACCACCAUUGACAACAUUGGUGCUGGUGUGAUCCAGCCGGGCCGGGGCUUUGUCCUUUACCCGGUUAAGUACAAGGCCAUUGUCUUCCGGCCAUUUAAAGGCGAAGUCGUGGAUGCUGUGGUCACUCAGGUCAACAAGGUUGGGCUCUUCACGGAAAUCGGGCCGAUGUCUUGCUUCAUCUCUCGACAUUCCAUCCCAUCCGAGAUGGAGUUUGAUCCCAAUUCCAACCCGCCCUGCUACAAGACAAUGGACGAGGACAUCGUCAUUCAGCAGGAUGACGAGAUCCGCCUGAAGAUCGUGGGGACCCGUGUGGACAAGAACGACAUCUUUGCUAUUGGCUCCCUGAUGGAUGAUUACCUGGGGCUUGUAAGCUGAGCGUGCGGCCUCCUGCACGCUGGGUACCGGCUUGGGGAGUGUGUGGAUCCCGGUGCUGCGGUGAGCAUCCAGCCGCUGAUGCGGGAAGGGUCCUUGUGCCCAGGACUGUCACGCCUGCUGCUCCUUGCGGCUCUGCUGCAGCUCCGGAAUGUCUGUCUGUUGUAACCAUAAAAGGUCCAUGGUUCUCA